AGAAACACAAAACAAGAUACUGACUUUUUAAAGUCGUGCUUAGCGUGAUAUUCAACGACCGAAUUUGCCAAAGAAUACUUCUCGAAGAUACUACCUUGACAAACUGAAGCUGGUUUUGGUAUCAAAGCUCCAUUUGAGCUCCCUUCUGAAGAAUAUCAAAUCAACUCAAACUGGUUUGUAUAUGCCCUUCAUACAAAUCAUGGGGCUUGAUCGUCAUUUGCUUCAUCUUGCUUUGGCAUUACCGAAACAGUACAUAUUGAUAAACGUGGUUAUCUUUUCGUGCUCUGUGACAAAGAUCCAGGUAAAUGAAGGUGAAAUUGAACAAUUGAUCAAUGUUAUUUUGUAUAUAAAGAAAUCUGCUUUGGAGAUGGAGGCUCAAAUCAAUGAUGCUCGAAUUAAAAGGCAUAUAAGUAAGAUCGAUGACUUCUUAGGUGCGAGUCCUGCUGUUUGAAUUCCAACAAUGGAAAACAAACGCUGUCUGGCCAAACAUAAAUAUUUUGGAGGAUAGCUUCAGCUGAGAUAAUGACGCUGAGGAUACUGAAGAAGACAUCCAUGAUGAGGAAGAGGAGAGUAAUGAGAUUGAUGGUGGAAAAAUGAAGGAAAUAAUUUGUAAAUAAAUUUAAU